UUGUACUUGCUAGAAAACCUGUUCGGUGCAGAAGUCCUUCUACAAGACAACUCUAUUUGCACAGGUAAGUUGUGUAGGCUUUUCUUACACACGAGUCACAGCCGGGGACAGCUCGCCUCUUGCUGGCUUCUCUUUGCCAUAUACGGAGGUCCAAGCUCCGAUCUUUCGGCCCUUUCUUUGAAGUUGUCAACUCGGGAUCUUUCAUUUCUGAGAUUUGUCAACUUUUUGGUCAAAACCCACCGUGAUUUUCGCCUGAAUAGUGAAAGAAGUUAGUGUCUCUGUACAAGCAUGAUGUCUUCAUUGAAGCAGCCAGUAGUACAUUUCCAUGGGUCCGAUGCUUUCCGGCCACAGUCUUCUGUACCGUCAAGGCGUUCUCGGUUCUUCCGCCGCUUCCUGCACUUAAUACUCGUCGGAGUUAGCUCUGUUGUUUCACUGUCAAAGCCCCUUUUUGUUUCCAAAGUUGAAUCUUUUUCUCCUUUAGGGACCCUGAAAAGAUCUUCUUCAACUGGUGACGCUGGCGAUAAUGAUCAUGUUCCGCAAAAGCGUGACUUGAUUAUAUGUAAGGCUUAUGAGGCUGAUAAAUCAACCCCAAUUGAUGACUCGCAAGCGCGAUCUGAGGCAGCGAGGAGGGUGAAAAUUGGGGUUUACUUUGCUACAUGGUGGGCUUUGAAUGUGAUUUUCAAUAUAUAUAACAAGAAGGUUUUGAAUGCUUAUCCCUUUCCUUGGUUGACCUCAACGCUUUCAUUGGCUGCUGGCUCUCUGAUCAUGCUCAUUUCUUGGGCUUUAAGGAUUGCUGAAACUCCAAAGACCGAUCUCGACUUCUGGAAAGCCCUUUUCCCAGUUGCUGUUGCUCAUACGAUCGGGCAUGUGGCAGCGACUGUGAGUAUGUCAAAGGUAGCAGUUUCAUUUACUCAUAUAAUCAAGAGUGGUGAACCUGCGUUCAGUGUCCUGGUCUCAAGGUUCCUGUUGGGGGAGACAUUUCCGGUGCCAGUUUACUUGUCAUUGAUCCCAAUUAUUGGUGGUUGCGCACUGGCUGCUGUUACUGAGCUGAACUUCAACAUGGUUGGUUUUAUGGGGGCCAUGAUAUCGAACCUCGCUUUUGUUUUCCGGAACAUAUUUUCCAAGAGGGGCAUGAAGGGGAAGUCUGUUAGCGGAAUGAACUACUAUGCUUGCUUGUCUAUGAUGUCUCUCUUAAUUCUCACACCAUUUGCUAUUGCUGUGGAGGGACCACAAGUGUGGGCACUUGGAUGGCAAAAGGCCGUUUCUGAAAUUGGACCCCAGUUGAUUUGGUGGAUGGCGGCUCAGAGUGUAUUCUAUCACUUCUAUAAUCAGGUGUCUUACAUGUCACUGGAUGAGAUCUCUCCUUUGACAUUUAGCAUUGGAAACACCAUGAAACGUAUAUCUGUUAUAGUGUCAUCCAUCAUUAUCUUCCAUACGCCUGUCCAGCCUGUCAAUGCUCUUGGAGCUGCCAUCGCCGUCCUUGGAACCUUCUUGUAUUCACAGGCAAAGCAAUGAGGAGCAACUUUUGAGUCCAACCAGGCAGCUUAACUUACAGUGGUGGUGAUUUCAAGUUUUGUUCUUCUUAAGGUGUUGAUAUGGCUUUCUUAUUGAGUUCCAUGAAGAAUGAGAACAAUCAGAUGAGCCAGUAGCUUUACAUGUAGAUAACAAUAAUUGUGAACUAAGAUAAUUUAAAAUCUUAUACAGGUUAAUUAGGCAGGUAAUCCCUGUUAUCUUGCAUGUUGAGGGGGAGAAUCAAGAACAGCACGAAUAAAUAGUGGCAACAACUGUGCCCAUUUAAGGGACGAAAAUGUUGAUGAUUUGGAUCAUAUGCAGUCCAUUUCAGCCAUUAAAACCGGACCUAGUUUGUAUUCAUAGUACUAGUAUUGACAAUGGUUGUCUAUAGCUCUUUGGAAUUUAUGAUUCAGAGGGGAACUAUGCUUUGAUUUGUUGCCUGUCAACUUAAUUAGUCAAAAUCACCAAAAUUUUGGA